UAUAUAUAUAGCAUACAGUUAGUAUACAUAAUGAAAACUACAAUGAAGCUACACGUUUUAGCAAUGGUUCUAGUAUGUGUGUAUGGCUUAAGUAUUCAAAAGAUGAAUCAAAUCCUUAAAGAUGAGAAUGCGAUUGUAAAGAAUCAGGAAAGAGAAGACAUAAACUCCAUUAAUAUGAAAUACGGAAUUUUGUCAGAUAUGAAGUUCAAAAGUGGUGCUAAAAGAAAAAAACGUGAGUUACCACCAUUAUGGAAAAAUACCGAUGGACAACCAAGAGUCCCUUAUGUUUUAGACAUGUCAAAGGGCCAAGACUAUAGUAAUGUCAUCAUACAAUCUAUUAACAUGUUAAACGCUCACAUGAAAAAUUACUCAUGUGUCAACAAUCCUCCAGUUUGGGUACCAUGGACUUAUGAAUUAGAUUAUGUUACUUUUACAACUGCACCUAAUGGAUGUUGGAGCUAUGUUGGUAGAGUUGGAGGAAGCCAACAAUUAAACAUUGGUGAUGGAUGUCAAUAUACAGGUAUUGUAUUGCACGAAAUGCUUCAUGCUAUGGGUUUUGUACAUGAACAAAGUCGAUGUGACCGUGAUACAGCAGUUACGAUUGUAUAUGAAAACAUACUAACAGGUUGGUCAAAUCAGUUUGAUAUUGAUACUAGUAUAUCAACAUUUACUUCAAAGUAUGAUAUAAUGUCAAUCAUGCAGUAUCACUUGUGGUCAUUUAGUAAGUAUGGGAACUAUUACAUAGAGGAAACAAAAACUAUUAGAGUGAAUAAGCAGUUUUUAAACUUGACUAAAGACCAAGAUAGAAGUAUAGGUACUAGAGAUGAUUUAAGCGAUACAGACAAGCUUGAUCUAUUGAUCAUGUAUGGAUGCACAGUUGCUAAAUGUACAGCAUCUUGUGAUGGUGUUUUAAAAUGUUCAGAUGUAUCAACAACAAGUUUGCCUAUAAAUCAAUCGACAACAGCUUCAAAAUUAACAACUACCCAAUCAUCAUUACCAUCCUUACAACCAGAAACUACUACUCAACCUACAACAACAUCAAAGCCAACAACUACUACUCAACCUAAGGUAGCAACUUCAAAGCCAACAACUACUACUCGACCUACAACAUCAACUUCAAAACUAACAACUUCUAAACAACCUACAACAUCAACAUUAAAGCCAACAACCACGCAAACUACAAAAAAAACUUCACAGCCAACAACUACUACUCCACGUAAAACAACAACUUCUAAGCAAACAACCACUACCAAACCAACAACAACAACUUCAAAGCCAACAACUACAACUCAACCUACAACAACAACUUCAGAGCCAACAACUACUAUUCAACCUACAACAACAACUUCAAAGCCAACAACUACUAUUCAACCUACAACAACAACUUCAAAGCCAACAACUACUAAUCAACCUACAACAACAACUUCAAAGCCAACCACUACAACUCAACCUACAACAACAACUUCAAAGCCUACAACUCAACCUACAACAACAACUUCGAAACCAACAACAACUAUUCAACCUACAACAACAUCUUCAAAGCCAACAACUACAACUCAACCUACAACAACAACUUCAAAGCCAACAACUCAACCUACAACAACAACUUCGAAACCAACAACAACUAUUCAACCUACAACAACAACUUCAAAGCCAACAACUACUAUUCAACCUGCAACAACAACUUCAAAGCCAACAACUACAACUCAACCUACAACAACAACUUCAAAGCCAACAACUACAACUCAACCUACAGCAACCACUUUAAAACCUACAACAACUACAACUCAACCUACAACAACAACUUCAAAGCCAACAACUAUAACUCAACCUGCAACAACAACUUCAAAACUAACUACUACUGCUCAACCUACAACAACAACUUCAAAGCCAACAACUAUAACUCAACCUGCAACAACAACUUCAAAACUAACUACUACUGCUCAACCUACAACAACAACUUCAAAGCCAACAACUACAACUCAACCUACAACAACAACUUCAAAGCCAACAACUACAACUCAACCUACAACAACAACUUCAAAGCCAACAACUCAACCUACAACAACAACUUCGAAACCAACAACAACUAUUCAACCUACAACAACAACUUCAAAGCCAACAACUACUAUUCAACCUGCAACAACAACUUCAAAGCCAACAACUACAACUCAACCUACAACAACAACUUCAAAGCCAACAAGUACAACUCAACCUACAGCAACCACUUUAAAACCUACAACAACUACAACUCAACCUACAACAACAACUUCAAAGCCAACAACUAUAACUCAACCUGCAACAACAACUUCAAAACUAACUACUACUGCUCAACCUACAACAACAACUUCAAAGCCAACAACUAUAACUCAACCUGCAACAACAACUUCAAAACUAACUACUACUGCUCAACCUACAACAACAACUUCAAAGCCAACAACUACAGCUCAACCUACAACAACAACUUCAAAGCCAACAACUACUACUCAACCUACAACAACAACUUUAAAGCCAACAACUACAAGUCAACGUACAGCAACCACUUCAAAACCUACAACAACUACAACUCAACCUACAACAACAACUUCAAAGCCAACAACUACUAUUCAACCUACAACAACAACUUUAAAGCCAACAACUACAACUCAACCUACAACAACAACUUCAAAACCAACUACUACUACUCAACCUACAACAGCAACUUCAAAGCCAACAACUACAACUCAACCUACAACAACAACUUCAAAGCCAAUAACUACUACUCAACCUACAACAACAACUUCAAAACCAACUACUACUACUCAACCUACAACAACAACUUUAAAGCCAACAACUACAACUCAACCUACAACAACAACUUCAAAACCAACUACUACUACUCAACCUACGACAACAACUUCAAAGCCAACAACUACAACUCAACCUACGACAACAACUUCAAAGCCAACAACUACAACUCAACCUACAACAACAACUUUAAAGCCAACAACUACUACUCAACCUACAACAACAACUUUAACGCCAACAACUACAAGUCAACCUACAGUAACCACUUCAAAACCUACGACAACUACUACUCAACCUACAACAACAACUUCAAAGCCAACAACUACAGUUCAACCUACAACAACAACUUCAAAACCAACUACUACUACUCAACCUACAACAACAACUUUAAAGCCAACAACUACUAUUCAACCGGCAACAACAACUUCAAAGCCAACAACUACAGUUCAACCUACAACAAUAACUUCAAAACCAACUACUAUUACUCAACCUACAACAACAACUUCAAAGCCAACCACUACAACUCAACCUACAACAACAACUUCAAAGCCUACAACUCAACCUACAACAACAACUUCGAAACCAACAACUACUAUUCAACCUACAACAACAACUUCAAAGCCAACAACUACUAUUCAACCUGCAACAACAACUUCAAAGCCAACAACUACAACUCAACCUACAACAACAACUUCAAAGCCAAUAACUACAGUUCAACCUACAACAACAACUUCAAAACCAACUACUACUACUCAACCUACAACAACAACUUCAAAGCCAACAACUACAACUCAACCUACAACAACAACUUCAAAGCCAACAACUACAACUCAACCUACAGCAACUACUUUAAAACCUACAACAACUACAACUCAACCUACAACAACAACUUCAAAGCCAACAACUACAGUUCAACCUACAACAACAACUUCAAAGCCAACAACUAUAACUCAACCUGCAACAACAACUUCAAAACUAACUACUACUGCUCAACCUACAACAACAACUUCAAAGCCAACAACUACAACUCAACCUACAACAACAACUUUAAAGCCAACAACUACUACUCAACCUACAACAACAACUUUAAAGCCAACAACUACAAGUCAACCUAUAGCAACCACUUCAAAACCUACAACAACUACAACUCAACCUACAACAACAACUUCAAAGCCAACAACUACUAUUCAACCUACAACAACAACUUUAAAGCCAACAACUACAACUCAACCUACAACAACAACUUCAAAACCAACUACUACUACUCAACCUACAACAACAACUUCAAAGCCAACCACUACAACUCAACCUACGACAACAACUUCAAAGCCAACAACUACAACUCAACCUACAACAACAACUUUAAAGUCAACAACUACUACUCAACCUACAACAACAACUUUAAAGCCAACAACUACAAGUCAACCUACAGCAACCACUUCAAAACCUACGACAACUACUACUCAACCUACAACAACAACUUCAAAGCCAACAACUACAGUUCAACCUACAACAACAACUUCAAAACCAACUACUACUACUCAACCUACAACAACAACUUCAAAGCCAACAACUACAACUCAACCUACAACAACAACUUCAAAGCCAACAACUACAACUCAACCUACAGCAACCACUUCACAACCUACAACAACUACAACUCAACCUACAACAACUUUAAAGCCAACAACUACAAAUCAACCAACAACAACAACUUCAAAACCAACUACUUCUACUCAACCUACAACAACAACUUCAAAACCAACAACUACAACUCAACCUACAACAACAACUUCAAAACCAACAACUACAACUCAACCUACAACAACAACUUCAAAGCCAGCAACUACAACUCAACCUUCAACAACAACUUCAAAGCCAACAACUACUAUUCAACCUACAACAACAACUUCAAAGCCAAUAACUACUACUCAACCUACAACAACAACUUCAAAACCAACUACUACUACUCAACCUACAACAACAACUUCAAAGCCAACCACUACAACUCAACCUACGACAACAACUUCAAAACCUACAACAACUACAACUCAACCUACAACAACAACUUUAAAGCCAACAACUACAACUCAACCUACAGCAACCACUUCAAAACCUACAACAACUACAACUCAACCUACGACAACAACUUCAAAGCCAACAACUACAGUUCAACCUACAACAAUAACUUCAAAACCAACUACUACUACUCAACCUACAACAACAACUUCAAAGCCAACCACUACAACUCAACCUACAACAACAACUUCAAAGCCUACAACUCAACCUACAACAACAACUUCGAAACCAACAACUACUAUUCAACCUACAACAACAACUUCAAAGCCAACAACUACUAUUCAACCUGCAACAACAACUUCAAAGCCAACAACUACAACUCAACCUACAACAACCACUUCAAAACCUACGACAACUACAACUCAACCUACAGCAACCACUUCAAAACCAACUACUUCUACUCAACCUACAACAACAACUUCAAAACCAACAACUACAACUCAACCUACAACAACAACAAAGCCAACAACUGCAACUCAAUCUACAACAACAACUUUAAAGCCAACAACUACUACUCAACCUACAACAACAACUUUAAAGCCAACUACUUUUACUCAACCUACAACAACAACUUCAAAGCCAACAACUACAACUCAACCUACAACAACAGCUUCAAAGCCAACAACAACAACUCAACCUACAACAACAACUUCAAAACCAACAACUACAACCCAACCUACAACAACAACUUCAAAACCAACAACUACAACUCAACCUAUAACAACAACAAAGCCAACAACUACAGUUCAACCUACAACAUCAACUUCAAAACCAACAACUAUAUCUCAACCUACAACAACAACUUCAAAGCAAGCUACCACUACUCAACCUACAACAACAACUUCAAAGCCAACAACUGCAACUCAACCUACAACAACAACUUUAAAACCAACUACCACUACUCAACCUGCAACAACAACUUCAAAGCCAACAACUACGUCUCAACCUACAACAUUAACUUCAAAACCAACUUCUACUACUCAACCUACAACAACAACUUUGAAGCCAACAACUACAACUCAACCUACAACAACAACUUCAAAGCUAACAACUACAACUCAACCUACAACAACAACUUCAAAACCAACUACUACUACUCAACCUACAACAACAACUUCAAAACCAAUAACUACAACUCAGCUUACAACAACGACUUUAAAGCCAUUAACUACAACUCAACCUACAGCAAUCACUUCAAAACCUACAACAACUACAACUCAAUCUACAACAACUUCAAAGCCAACAACUACAACUCAACCUACAACAACAACUUUUAAGCCAACAACUACAACUCAACCUACAACAACAACCUCAAAGCCAACAACAAAAACUCAACUUACAACACCAACUUCAAAGCCAACAACUACAACUCAGGCUGCAAUAAUAAUUUCAAAGCCAACUUUUAUUAUUCAACCUUCAACAUCAACAAAGCCAACAACUACUACUCAACCUGCAACAACAACUUCAAAGCUUUAACUAACUACUUAAAACUACUUCACAACUUACAACAACUACACCUACAACAAUGUUUUGGAAACUUACUACUUCUUAACCUUCAACAGUAACUUCGAAGUCUACAUCUACAAGGCAAUCUCUAUUAUUUCUUUUAUAAUCAACUUCUACUACUUAUCCUACUCCGGUAACUACGAUAUUUACAACAACUACUUAACCACUUAACCUAUAAUGUCAACAUAGAAAUCAACUCCCACUCAAACACAACGCCAUCAUUUUAGCUAACUUCUUAACGUUUAACGCCAGUCAACUUGAAGCCGGCAUCAUUUUUAAGUUUAGCGACAUGGUUUCAAGGAAGAUUAUUUUUUUUGUCAAUAAUUAACCAAAUCCGUAUUUAAAUUAGUUUGUUAGAAGAAUGAACUGAAUAUUUGUUAACUUUAGAAUAUUUUUAAUGUUCGCUUUUUUAUUUUAUGUGUGUUUAAUUUCUUAUCUAUGGUUUUUGUUAAUCUGAUCUAUGUUUGCGAACUAGAGGAAUUAUUUUUAAUGUAUUUAAAUUUGUAUAAUUAUCUUUUUUAUUUUAUAGUUUUA